GCCAAGGGAGGAGGAGGAGGAGGAGGAGGAGGGCAGGACAGCCGGACACGGGCGGCGAGCGCAGCACCCGCCCCGCGCUCCCACAGCACCCAGCGCCCGCACCCCCGCAGGCUUUGGGGGGGGAGCCCCAAUCCCCCCCCAGGGGCCAUGGGCAUCCAGGGCAUGGAGCUGUGCGCCGUGGCCGUGGUCAUCCUCCUCUUCAUCGCCGUCCUCAAGCAGUUUGGCAUCCUGGAGCCCAUCUCUGUAGAAGACAGCAGUGAUGCUGACGUGGAGCUCCCGACAAUCCGGCACCCGCCCGAGGGGCUGGAGCAGCUGCUGGCUCGGACCAAGUUCACCAAGACAGAGCUUCAAUCCCUCUACCGUGGCUUCAAGAAUGAAUGUCCCAGUGGCCUCGUGGAUGAGGAAACCUUCACACUGAUCUACUCACGGUUCUUCCCUCAAGGCGACGCCAGCUCCUAUGCCCACUUCUUGUUCGAUGCCUUCGACGCCGACCACAACGGGGCUCUCUGCUUCCAGGAUUUCGCCAUGGGACUCUCAGUGCUGCUGCGGGGGACGGAGCAGCAAAAGCUGAAGUGGACGUUUGACCUCUACGACGUAAAUAAGGAUGGCUGCGUCACCAAGGAGGACAUGCUGGAGAUCAUGAAAUCCAUCUAUGCCAUGAUGGGCCGCUGCACUGAGCCCACCCUGGGGGCCAGCGUGCCGGCCCAGCACGUGGAGCUGUUCUUCCAGAAGAUGGACAGGAACAGGGACGGCGUGGUGACUUUCGAGGAGUUCCUGGCCACAUGCGAGGAGGACAAGGACAUCAUGAGCUCCAUGCAGAUCUUCCACAACGUGCUCUAGACCCCGUCCCGCCCUGGAGAUUUUCUACUAUUUUAGACAAACAAGAAGUUCAAAGUCAGGAGAAAUCCAGCAUGUGGCUCCCGGAGAUGGGCUAGGACAAGGACGACAUGUCCCACAGAGCCCCCUAGGCACAGUGCUGCCACCUGCCAGACAGACCCAUUUUGGGGGUCUGAGCCUCCCCUGGACAUCGACUCCCCCUUGGUGGUGCAGGGUCCUGGCAAAGCACAAACCCGACCCCUAGGGCCCCCUGGGGUGGAGGCCUCCAGGACGUGGGGACUGCUUGGGGUGUGAGGACCCUCAGAGAUGGGACCCCCCCCAGGGCAGGGACCCCCUGGGAUGUGGGGGCCCUCUGGGUGGGGGGUCUCCAUAUCAUAACCAUGAAAUGGAGCCCCCAAACACCAACCGAAAGCACACAGUCCCUCCUCCCCCAAACACUCAGGGGACCCACCAUGAAGCACCCUCUCCCAAGAGUGUGGAGAGGGGUGAAUUUUAUAAAUAAACCCAAAUAGUGAUGAUUUAGGCGUGAAAUGGAGUGAAAAAGGAUGUGAGAGACGUGCAAUGUCUAGGUCCCUGUCCUGCUCUCUGUCCCUGCCUGUGUCCCAGUCCCCUCUCCCAGUCCCUGUUCUGCUCCCAGU